UGCGUCUGCACGGACCACUUAUCUGUUACACACCACUUAAAGUUUCAGCAGCAUGGUUGUCUCAUGGUAUGGUUUAGAUAAUUCUCUCAGUUUGAUUUGCGUAUAACACUUGAUUAAUUCCUAUAAUUUAUAGAGAGAUUUAUACUGUUUCGAUAUUUGCUCAUUUCAGUGUUGACGUGCACGUCAUAUGGCUGCGUUACGAUAGAAAGCUUCAAAUUUAACAUGUUAACAGCUAGUAAAGUACAUUUAAUGCUCUUAUAGACAAAUAAAUCACAACGCCAGUAAGUUCGUGCUAAAUGUAAUAAAAAGGAACGCUAAGCAACACUUUGGUGUAGUGUUUCAGUAUUCAGGUUACUUAAGAUAAGCUUUAAGAUGUCUAAAGUUAGGUUGAAGAAACCUGCUGACAGUAGUCAGACUAAUGGUCCAUCAAAACAGAGGGACAAGAAAAAUAAACGUGCCUGGAGAAAGAAACAAUUCUUUGGCAAGAAAGCACAGAAAACUGCAAAGAAGAAAGCAAAACCUGAAAAGAAGGACAUUUUCCCCAAAACUGAUCAAGAGUUUUCAACCAACUGGAAGAAUUUGCUGCAGGUUCUGGCCUCAGACAAGACUGAAGGCACCAAACAGAAGAAAGACUCAAACCUUAAAGGAAAGCAGCCUCAAAAAACGGCAACAGACUCCAAAUACUUUCACAAACCAGAUAAACACACAAAUAAAUCUAAACAGAAUGUCAAACCCCCUCUAGAGAAAACUGGUAGAUCAGAAAAAGAUGGAAACCAACAGAAUGGAAAAGGCCCAACCAUACACAAACAGUACAAAGCAGAGAAGAGGAAAAGAAAGGAGGAAAAAGCAGAGAAAAACAAACCAAUGGACAAAAAGAAGAAAUUAAAGGAGGUGGAAAUUAAAACCGAAAAGCUUGAUAUCUGGUUUGAUGACGUCGACCCCGAUGACAUUGAGGCCACUGUGGGUCCAGAGGCCGCUGAUAUCGUACGGAAACGUAAUGGAAUAAUGAAGAGUGACACAGAGAUUACGGAGAAAGCUCUCGUGAAAGAACACUCAUUUGAGGGAUUGACCCGUGCUGUUGCUAUGGACUGUGAGAUGGUGGGCGUCGGCCCCGAUGGCGAGGAAAGCAUUCUAGCGCGAAUCUCGCUCUGCAACAUCUACGGGAAAUGCGUUUACGAUAAAUACGUCAAACCUACUGAAAAGGUCACGGACUACCGGACGGCAGUUAGUGGCAUCAGACCGGCGGACAUCGAAAACGGUGAGGACUUUAGGACAGUUCAGAAGGAAGUGGCACAGAUUCUGAAAGGACGAAUUUUAGUGGGACACGCCAUCCAUAAUGACUUAAAGAUUUUGUUGCUGGAUCAUCCGAAGAAGAUGAUUAGGGACACACAGAAAUACAAACCAUUUAAGCAGAGGGUAAAGAGUGGACGUCCUGCAUUGAGGGUUUUAUGCAAAGAGAUUCUUAAUGUUCAAGUCCAGAAGGGUGAACAUUCGUCUGUUCAAGAUGCCCAGGCUACCAUGAGGUUGUACACUAUGGUGAGGAAACAAUGGGAGGCAGAGCUUAAAGCCAGCAGAACUGUGGGUAAACAGCCGAAGAGUCCCUGCGUACCCAAAGAGCCUAAAACCGAGACCUAGUCUGUGAAACUAUUCACAGUCAAACUGGAACAGAAAUGAGAUCUGGGCAGAAAACUGUUUUUGAGUGACAUGCAAUGCUAUCGAGUAAUGUCCACCCCCCCACCCGUUAUGUUAUGGAGCAAUGCCGUCAGUGUUUAAAAUUCUUUUUUCUUCCUGAAGAUCUGUCAAUUUGUAAACUGUCAAUUUGUACAAACAUAGGAGGAUGUUUUGUUGAAAGAAAUCUUAAGAUAGUUUAUAAUAAAUAAAUACAAACCCAUAUGACAUUCUUUCUUCUGCGAAACUCUAAAGCAGAUGUUAGGCAGAAUGACGGCCUCAGUCAACAUUCAUUGCCACAUACCUGUUUGCCACAACGCAUAAGAUUUAAUGCAAGUAUGUAAUAAGUUUAAAAUAUUUUAAUGUCACUUGGAGCCAUAUACCCUUUAAUCCAUCUGGAGUCAAAACAAUCAGUCAGAAAUAUUAGCUGGUGAGAUGUUUACUAAGUUUUCAUAUCUAUCAAUGUUCCAGAAUAAAAAAAUGUUUUUUCAGUGCUACAGUUUAGCGGUUGUAAGUUAAAGGUGCUGUAAGCGAUUUUGCAGUUUUGGAAUUUCCACGAGCUGAGCUGUUGAAUUAGCCAUGACCCCUCUUUCCAAACCCUCCCAAACUGACCGUCAUCCCACAGUUGUCAAACACAACAGUAGCAAAUAGCGCCCUUAACUGGCAACUGGCAUGAAAAACAUGGCAUAAAUAUGGCUUUAAGCCCCAGUAAUUCGCUACAACUACAACAUCAUUAUGAGAAUGCGCAGAGUGAUUGACAGGCAUAAAGCGUCAUUGACCGCGGCCCACAGACACAUUUUUUUUGCUGUUUACAGUCUAGAGCUGCCACAAAGACCAGUGAGAUAUCUCAGGACACUUAUUUCAUUAAUAUCUUUCAGGGAGUAGGAACAUUUUUUGCAUCCCUUUCCGUAAAACAAAAUUGCUUACAGCACCUUUAACACAAAUAAAGUCCGUUUUAAGUGGUUCAACAAUGAACCCCUUUUUAUACCUAUUAAUUUAAACAUACAUCGCUUAAAAAGCAGUAGACUUAUAAUCCAUGUAACUUUUAUUUGAGGUUUUCCACGCUGCAAUGACUGGAAUCCUAUUAAAAGACACAUGAAAUCCUU